AUUAUCAAACACAAUCCGUAUUGCAUAAAAUCUGUUCAUAAUUUUUAUUUUGCAUAGGGAAUAUACUUCUUCUUAGUACAUUUUUGUUUUUUUGUAAUAUUUUUUUGAGUUUCGAAUUAUUUUGACCAACAGAUACAUUUUUUACUAUUUUUGUUCAUGAGAUUGUUUACAAUGUUUGUCCUGNACCGGGACCAGACCGAAUAAUGUUACUUUUAAUUUUUUUUUUAAAUUUUAUUUUAUUUUUUUAAUUUAAAGUAUUCAAUUGAAUAAAAAUAUUACUACAACUAAUUUUUAAUUGUAACAUGCACUAAACAUUAUCAAACACAAUCCGUAUUGCAUAAAAUCUGUUCAUAAUUUUUAUUUUGCAUAGGGAAUAUACUUCUUCUUAGUACAUUUUUGUUUUUUUGUAAUAUUUUUUUGAGUUUCGAAUUAUUUUGACCAACAGAUACAUUUUUUACUAUUUUUGUUCAUGAGAUUGUUUACAAUGUUUGUCCUGUGGAUUAGAGUUUUAUUAUUGAUAAAAUACAAAUUUAAGUUAUAGUAUUGAAUGAGCACGUAACCCACUACCAUCUCCAUUCUUUUCCAUAGAAUGAUCACAUGUCCCAUUGCCAUUUCUGUUUCCUCUAAGCUGUGGAGCUUCCAGAAGCACCAAAUAUUCAUCUCAAAUCCAAUCCCAAAGAACCCACCGCCGGCUUGAAAUUGAAACAGGAGGUUGGGAGAUAAUUCCUCAACUCUUUGAAUCAUGAAGAAAGAAAUCCUAUUCGUUCCUUUCAUUCUCUUCCUAAAUCUGCUACUCCCCGAUCCAUCUUACAGUGCCCCAAGAGCUCAAAAAGUAAAACUCAUUUGCGGAAAUCAAAUGGAGCACAACACGACAGCUUUCGUGCCAAACUUUGUCAGUGUCAUGGAAAACUUAAGUGAUCAAAUGCGAACCCGUGGGUGGGGACUUUCCAUAGCUGGCUCUGGUCCAGAUUCAAACUAUGGAUUGGCUCAAUGCUAUGGGGACCUUUCUUUACUUGACUGUGUUUUGUGCUACGCGGAAGCACGUACAUUGCUCCCCAUCUGCUUUCCUCACAGUGGUGGAACCAUCUAUCUCGAUGGCUGCUUUAUGAGGGCUGAGAAUUACUCCUUCUUUCAAGAGUAUAAGGGACCAAAUGAUACGCGGGUGUGUGGGAGUGGGACCCCCAGAAAGGAUUUCUCUUUCCAGAAGGCGGCUAGGAAGGGGGUGAUGCAAUUGGUUUCGGAUGCUCCCAACAAUAAUGGCUCUGGGAGGGCUGAGCUGGCAGUGCCUGGGAGACGGAACGAGUCGGUUUAUGUUUUGGGGGAUUGUUGGAAGACUCUGAAUGUGAGCUCUUGUAGGGCGUGUUUGGAGAACGCCUCUAAGUCCAUGCUGGGGUGCUUGCCCCGGUCAGAGGGCCGCGUGUUACAUGCAGGAUGCUUCAUGAGGUACUCAGACAACAACUUUCUUAAUCCUGUUUCAAGUAACCGCGGCUCAUCCAGAGCGAGUGUAGCUGUCAUUGUAAUUGCAACUGUUAGUUCUGUGAUUGUGUUGGUUCUGGGAUUAGUUAUUGCUCUAUAUUUCUUGAAGCAGAGAAGAAUAGAGAAGAAGAGAAAAGGCUCAAAUGAUGUUGCAAGACUAGUGAAAAUCCUCCAUGACAGCAGCUUGAACUUCAAAUAUUCCACACUCGAAAAAGCAACUGGAAAUUUCAAUGAAGCCAACAAGCUUGGGCAAGGUGGAUUUGGUACAGUUUACAAGGGAGUUUUGGCAGAUGGAAGAGAGGUUGCUGUCAAAAGACUCUUCUUCAACAACAAACAUAGGGUAGCCGAUUUCUACAAUGAGGUCAACAUUAUUAGCAGUGUUCAACACAAGAAUUUGGUGAGGUUGUUAGGGUGUAGUUGUGCGGGUCCCGAAAGCCUUCUCGUUUAUGAGUAUCUGCCGAACCAGAGUCUUGAUCAGUUCAUUUUUGAUCCUGUCAAGGAUAGAAUGUUGAAUUGGGAGAAGAGGUUUGAAAUAAUUAUAGGGACCGCAGAAGGACUGGUUUACCUUCAUGAGAACUCAAAGAACCGAAUCAUUCACAGAGAUAUAAAAGCUAGCAACAUCCUACUCGACUCAAGGCUUCGUGCUAAGAUUGCUGAUUUUGGGUUGGCAAGAACUUUUGAGGAAGACAAAAGCCAUAUAAGCACUGCAAUUGCAGGAACUCUGGGAUAUAUGGCUCCGGAGUAUCUUGCACAUGGGCAGUUAUCUGAGAAAGCCGAUGUUUAUAGCUUCGGUGUAGUUUUGCUGGAAAUUGUCACUGGGAGACAGAAUAACAGGAGCAAAGCCGCCGAGUACACAGACAGCUUGGUGAAUAUUGUGUGGACACAUUUUCAACAAAGGAGAGUGGAGGAGCUGUUCGACCCGAACCUGAUGCUGCAUAACUACCACAACAUUGAUGUUGAAGAUGAGGUGUUGAGAGUGGUCCACAUAGGGUUGUUGUGCACCCAAGAGGCGGCUUCGCUACGGCCAUCCAUGUCGAGGGUAUUACAAAUGCUAGCUAAGAAGGAGGAUUUGCCCCCGCCGACGAAUCCUCCCUUCGUUGACGAAAAAACCAUGGAGCUAAACGAUAGUUGGGACGCCGCCCCAUCUUUCCCACUCAAAGCAAGUGAUUAUACCUCAAUUGCCAGUGUUUCACAAAGCUCUUUUCAACCUAGAUAAGAUUUAAGAGUUGUAUGUUAGUGAAAAAAUGAUUUAUUUUAUGGUACAUAUAUAUGGAGUGUUCCUAUAGUAUUGCUUUGUAUAGAGAAAUCAUUAUUCACAUUGUGUUUCAUUGGAAGUAUAAAUCAAUGAGUAUAAAAGGU